ACAGUAAAAAUCACAGUCUGAUGCUGGAAUCACCUCUUAACACCAUCACCAAGUACAACUUCCCCCAUUAUGACAACCAACCGACGCUGGUAUGGAACCGACUCCCGGUCCUGAGGCGGUCGGCGGUGUUUGUGCUUCUUUUCUUGGGAAAGUUGGGAGAAUUGCGGGUGGUGCUCACCAAGCGCUCCUCCAAACUCAGGAAUUUUCCUGGUCAUAUCUCCUUCCCUGGUGGUAAGAGUGACAACGGGUUGGAGCUGGAAUGGCACACGGCCCGCCGCGAGAUGGAAGAAGAAAUCGGCCUUUCGGCUAAUAACGAAUACCUCCUCAAAAAUUUUGGGUUUGAAAUCGACCAUCUCAAUGUGAUGCCCAGUUACUUGUCACGAACAUUUCUGGCUGUCCGCCCGUGCGUGGGGUUCAUGCGGUUUGCUGCCGACACGUCGGGGGCAGAUUUGAUCCACAACUUGAAGGUCAACUUGAAUCCUGGAGAAAGUUCGUCGGUGUUCAGCUGUCCUCUCCAGGACUUUCUCUAUCCGAUUUCCGACCGAGACCUGUUGGAAUGCAUUGAAAAACAGAGUUUCCGGAUGUCAUGGGGUGGUAUACCCUGGAUGUUGCGAACGUACACAUUCCCGCAAUUGGUGGCAGGUGAGGCUUCUUGGUUGCAGGAAGUUCAAGGCCUUCUGGAGCUGGAACUGGAACUGGAACUCAAUAGCGACUCCGCCGAGCUCCAGGGAGAGGAGAGUCAGGCCCAGUCGGAAGAAGUCCCCCAGACGUCUCGGGGCUCGAGAAAACUCAAUCGAGAAAAAUGGGGCCGAUUGGGCUCGAGACGGCAUUCGGAAACAAAUGAAAAGAUAUACGACGUUUGGGGCUUGACCGCCAACAUUCUUCAUGAUCUUGCCAAUGUCGUGUAUACCAACAACGCCACGAACUCGGAGUUUGGACAAGAAGACCUCAUCUAUAGCAUCUGGCAUCAUGGCAACCAGAUGCGAGAAAAGAAGCGGUCACCAGAGGAGUCCCAGUUGAUUGAGAGCCGGUCCCGGCCUGAUGAUUUGGGCUUCGGGGACAUCUUGCCGCGGACAGAGUUUCUACGCUUGAAGCAGUUGUACAAGUAGCACAGAAUAUAAAUAUCAGUAUUAAAUGGCUGCUAAAUAGUAGAAUAGGUAAAGUUUGGCGGAACCGUUUUUAUUGGGUGCCAAACGGCUGGAUGCUAAUACCAAACCCAUUACUACCGAGACUUUUACUACCGAGAGUAUUACCACCUCACAAAUAUUCACUUACUGAGCUCCAACCUUCUUUCUCACUCUCAGC